AUGUCGCUGCUGGACAGGGUACGCUUCGGCAAAGCGCUCAAUGAUGCGGCUUCAAAACCGAAUGAUAUUGUGUCUCGAAUGCGCUCAAGCGGCUGGUCUCGCGCGAGUGACGAGCAGGCACGUUCGUCAGGAGACGAAGAAGACGGAGAGACUCAGCCGGGUUAUGUCGAAUCGGCACAGGAAACUCUGCAAGGCGGCCUAAAUGCUGUCCGGGGCUGGUGGUCGGGAGGGUCGAAGCCUGUUGAGCCUGCGGAAGCACCCGGUCCCGUCACGCAAGAAGGUCAAUCGAUCUGGAACAAAGUGACGACCGGUGCUGCGGCUGCUAGAGAGACCGUUGUCGCUCGCUUUGCAGGCGACGAAGACGCUGUCGAUGAGAAUGGCGAUACGCACCUUAUCCGAGUAAUGAAAGAGUCAGCAAAAUCUGUUGCGAGUCAGACAGCACUGAGUUUCCGUUGCAGGUAUCACAUAAGCAGAGCCAACACAUCGUCGGAUCUGCCAGUCUUUCUCUUCCCGCCUGCAGAGCGUUCGCGCGCUCCGCGGCCAACGGCAGUAGAGCAAGUCAGUCAGCGACAGCAAUACCGAUCCGAGAGCGAGUCAUACGCAGCGAGAUUCGAGGCAAGGCGUCCGGACACGUAUCUGGGCAACGGCAAGCCGUCCGAGCUGGAAUACAGAGCGCCAGUCGAUGUGCGACAGCCGGAUGUCAGAUCACAUCCCGAACGCGCACAGCCUGCUUCCCAGGAUUUGCGACGGCGUAUGCGAGAAGAAGUUGGGCAGGCUGGACUUCAGACUCGAGCACGUCAGCCUCGCGUGGCCGAAAGACCAGGCGUUCAACGACGAGAUGGCGAAAAGCAGACCGACCAUCGCGUCCGUGAUAAGCGUGGCGGAGAGCCACCGAAUACACGGGAGAGGCAGCCGGAUAGCAGAGGGCUGCCAAGCGAUCCUCGCCGUCGUCGUGUACAGUGA